AUGAGUGAAGAAGAACGGGUACAUGGAGCAGCUGAAGAGAUCUCAAAAGGCACGCGAUUAACAACCCAAGACAAAAUUUCGGAUGACCAAGUGGAGGGACAAAUACAAGUUGAUCGUAAACGAUUAGAAUCAAUGAUAACGGGUGAGCCUCUAUACGGGUCCGAGAAAUUCCUUCCAUCAGCAGAAGAAUUCUUUCAAAAAGUUACUGAACUCUCUGGUGCUGUUAUCUCUUGGCCAAGUCGUUUGAAAAUUGGUGCAAAGACGAAAAAAGAUCCUUAUGUCAAAAUGUUUGGUACAGUAGAACAAGUUAAUUGCGCCCGUCAGUUGAUUGCGUCUACACUCAGAAUAAAGCGCGAUAAAAUAUCACUGAGGAUUGAAAUACCACACUGUGAUCAUUCCAAAAUAAUAGGACGAAAGGGUAAAAAUACUCAGGAUAUUAUGCGUGAUACAAUGUGUCAUAUUCAUUUCCCAGAUUCAAACAGAAUUCAUGAUAUGGAAAAGAACAAUCAGGUAUCAGUAUCUGGAACAGUUCGACAAGUAGAAAAAGCACGACAACGAUUACGAAAACUAUCACCACUAUGUAUUGUAUGCGAAUUGCCGAACACAUGCCGUUAUUCUUUUCAAGAAUUGCAAAGAAACAUUGGGCAUUCGGAUAUCUUUGUUAGUUUACGUGAGGAACGAAAUGGUAAAAUGAAAUGUAUUUUGAAAGGAAUCGAACAAAACGAAGUAGAAAUGGUUAAAGCCAUUAUGAUUCUUGCUAAUAUGUAUCACUUACAGAAUGAUUAUGGUCUACUUUGUCAUACAGUUAUCAAUGCAUAUAAUUGUCUUGAACUGUUACUACGCGAUGAGUCUAAGAAAGAGGAAAUGCAAUGGUUGACUCAACAAACUUCAACUCAUAUUAUUCAGUCUAAUACUGUUGAAAAUGGUUUUGAAUUAUUUAUUGUUGGUCCAAUUGCUGGUAUUUUGAUUGCACGAAAAUAUAUUAUCGGUUUACUACCUGUAGCAGUACAAUUUGAUCGAAUAUUGGAAUCCAACUACGAUUUGAUUGACAAAACUUUGAUUGAAACAAAAUUCGGCAUUACCGUCAAUGAGAAGUGGCGCAAAAGUCGAACCGUCAAUAAUGCUACACUCGUAGCGCUAAGUAGCAGUGAGAUGAAUAUAUGCAUGUUGUAUCAAGCGCGUGAACGAAUCUUAAAUUUGGUUCAAAAUAGCUUGAAUAUUGUCCCGAACAUAUUCGAAUUCUUUAAGAAUGGUCAUAUAUCAGUGCUCAUUGAAAAUAUGCGCACUGAAGCGCAAAAUUUAUUAAUAGGCGCCAACAUAGAAACUUUAUACAUUUCCACACAAAACUCUUUGCACAAGCCGACAUUUGGUAACUUUGAUGGUCAAUGCCGCUUGGCUGAGGCUCUGCUUGAUGUACCAACAGCAGACGCUAAUCGAUAUACCCAAAUAACUCCGAACCCAGAUGAUUCUCCAAUCGCUCAUUCUUUACUUGCUGGAAUCAAGCAAAUUGAUAUGUUCAGGAGUGGAAAUGAGCGAUUCGCAACAAGAGAACAAUUACUACUCAAGGCAAAUUGCGCUGUGUACAACGGCACUAAUCCAGCUAAAGUGCGACAGCCUACUGAUCUUUGGGCUGGAUACGGUUUUAGCAAUUCAUUGCCAGCAGAUAUUUUGAGAAGCAGUUUGAACUUUUUUGAUAAUACUGUAAGUCAGUAUGAUGGACGAUCAAGCACACAACAGGAAAAAAAUCUAAUGGAAAAUGCGACUCAUCGUUCGAUAACGCCUUCAGUAGGCUUAGCAUCUGUAUUGGAAGAGGAUGAACAUGGUGAUGAUCAUCAGGAUAGCUCGAAUUCCAAUUCGUUAAUUGGAUCUUUAUCAUCUCAUAAUUUGCACCUCUUUCAAUCAAAUCAAUUACAAGGACCCAUUACUAGUGUCGGAACGAACUUUUCCGCAUCUACCGGAGUAUUCGAAUCAUCACCUUUAAUAGGAAAUGACUCUGUUUGGGAUAUACGCAUUUUUGUGGAUCCAGCAAUGGUACUUGCACAACUAGGCUGCAGUGAAUACCUUGCGCAAUUUAGAGAUCAAGAAAUUGAUAUGGAAGCUUUCUUGCUGUUGGACGAACAGAACCUAAAAGAUAUCGGUGUUUCAACAAUGGGUGCUCGGAAGAAGAUCUACAACGCCAUUCUAAGAUUGCGUGGUUCAGCACGAAUGUAUGGAAUGCGAUUUUAA